AUGCGUUGUUUAUUUUGCGCUAUCCCGAAACCAAAAAUUCUCCUCCCUCUAAUAAUCUUGACAUCACUGGGUCUCUUUUUUCUAAUAUCAUAUAGCUAUGAACCUGUCACUGGAUACGUGGACAAAAUACUCGACAAAACCGCGGGCAAUGCGACUUUAAAUAACACAAGCUUCGAAGACUUGACUAUCUACUCGGGUCCGCAAGUAAACUACUCCAGUAUCGAAGAAGAGUACCAAGAAAAGUUCUUAACAUAUUUACCACAUAGUGGGUUUCAUAACCAACGCAUUUCGCUCGAGAAUGCGAUAUUUCUCGCGUGGGCAACAAACAGAACAUUGGUGAUUCCGCCCAUUAUUUUCGGUGCUAAAAUUCCUUAUCAGACAUUUUCUUUGCUUGCUAAUAGGUUGAGUCUAAUAGGUAAAGAAGUUUUACCCGAUUGUAGUAAUGAAACUGUUGCCAAUAAGAAAGAAGCUUGCGAGGUGAAACGCAAUAGAAGUUUCCGUACGUUGGUGAAAUGGGAUCAAGUGAUGGAUCUCUCUUUCGCCAAAGAGUUUGCUCGUACAGUGCAACGAAGCGACUUCAAUCAAUCCACUCUGUUUCGAAUGGUUAACGUGACAGAUACGAAACAAGUUUACGUGCAACCGGAUAAGACACUAUACGACUUUGAGAUUUUUGAUAAUCCGAAUGCGAACUUAAGUCAGCAGAGAUUUCAAAAUAAAUUGCUCCUCUCUGAUCUUAAAUUACGACGGGAGAAGCUCAUGUAUUUCGGGAGUAUUUUUAGCUCGCAGAGAAUUGUUACAGAGUUAUCGGAAAAUAGAAGUUUCUUUGACCAAGUUCGAAAGCAUAUGAUUAUUGGCAAUCCGGUAAUGCUAGGGGUGGUGGAAAAGAUAGUGGAUGAGUUGGGUGGAUUAGGGAGCUUUGUGGGUAUUUAUUUGAAAAUCGGAGAUGGCAAAACUUUAAAUAACAACACUAUUUCCACGAUAAAUAAUAUCACAAAACAACUCAUCGAUGAAUAUGCUCCAGAAAUGAAAUCUGACAUAAAAUUAGACGAGGCGGCGGCCAAUGACACAAAUAAUACGGAUAACACAAAUAACCAAGAUGAUCUUGAAGAUAAUUUAGACGACUCCGAGGAAGAUCCAAAUACUCUUGAAACACCGAUUGAGCGACGACGUAGUUUUGCGGCGGGUCGAGGUCUUCAAGCAUCUGGUCUUGUAGCUGAAUGUCAGUCGAAAGCUAAACCUACACAAAAUGACAUGCCUAUUAUUUACAUUGCUACGGAUGCAUCACGUUUAAAUUCAUCACUUUCACAAGAAGCAUUUAAAGAGAUUUUCUCGAUAUUUCCGUGUGUCUUUUUUAUUGGUAAUUUCAGUGACCAAUUGAAUCCAAUCGACUCUAUUCGAAAUCCAUCUGACAAUUCGACACUUUCUCAAUAUUUAUUACCGUUGGUUGAUUUAAAUGUCGUCGCGAGUGGCCAACAAAUUAUUAGCUCAACACGUGGUGCUGCUUCAAAUUAUGCCGCACGUUUACAUCUAACUUUGGUGGGGACUGAACUUGAGUAA